GUAAUAUGUCGAACGCAUCUGAGCCCUUGGGCAACCCCGUUAUCAUCAAUGCCGUGGCCGAGUGUGGCGGGACCCUUAUCGGCGUGAUUGUUUCCGCAGUAUUAUGGGGUAUCUCCUGCAUGCAAAUGUUAGUCCAUUCCACCACUUCAUCUCACAGCCCAUCUAACCAGCCAUUUUAUGCAGGUUCAUGUAUUUUUUUGAACUAUGACUCCGAUCGUUGGCUUCUCAAGCUCUUGGUAUUUUACGUCUGGAUAGCCGAAACUGUGGUGGAGGUUCUCGGGUUCGUAGGCCAGUUCGACCAGUUUUUUACUCGCCGGGGUUCCAUCAUCGCAUUUGACACCCUCGCGCGAGGUUUGGUGGUAUGUGUUAUCCACUUCGUCCAAGUUUCAGAGGUUAGGGCUAUUGACAAUUCAUUUGUGACGUUAAUGAAGAUUCGCACUACUCUGGCACCAUUCAUCUCGAUCCCUGUUCAAAUGGUCUUCCUCUAUAGAAUCCAUCGAUGUCUCUUAGUCUCUCAGAGCAGGGAGUGGACUAUGCGUGCCGCUACAAUAUUUACGGUGCGUGCGGAAUAUUUCUGGUCUAUACAUGUUAAUACACGUGCUGAACGGCGUUUAUUAGACUAUGUUAUUCAUCUCGCAGCUGCGGGUAUGGACCGCAUGGGUCUUGUGAGCAUCAUUCCCGUUUCUCGGGUUAUUUCAGCUUCUGCCGAUGGACUAUAUAGCAACUCGAGAGAUGGUCUUGGAUCAACUCUGGCCUCGCACAGAGUGGUGACCAUCGAAAUUAUAAGUCGGGCUAUCCCUGCCUUCGUCGAUGUAUUCAUCGCUCUAUGA